UACUACCAAAGCAGAGCAGCAAGGAUCUUCUGAAAACCCAACAUGAAAAACGCUCUAUAAAAGCAAACCACUCUUCUAUACCCUUUUGUAUCAUUUUUUACUCAUUUGCUCUCUUCGUCUUCUCCGCCACUUCCUCUCAGAUCCAUUUUCUUUAGAUCCCAUCAAUGGCUUCUGUUACUGGAUCUUCCUUCGCCAUCUCUUCCCUUUCCUCCUCCUUCAACCCCAACAAGGCAUGUUUGAAGACAUCCUCCCUUUCUAUCAAGGGAAUAAGCUUCCCUUCCCUCAGAGUGAAGCCAGCUACUCGUCGCUUCAGCAUUAGCUGUGCGGCUAAACCAGAGACAGUUGACAAAGUGUGUGAAAUUGUGAAGAAACAACUGGCUCUUCCCAGUGAUUCUGCAGUCAAUGGAGAGUCAAAAUUUAUAGCACUUGGUGCUGAUUCUCUCGACACGGUUGAGAUUGUCAUGGGACUUGAGGAAGCAUUUGGAAUCACUGUGGAAGAAGAGAAUGCACAGACUAUUGCAACAGUUCAAGAUGCUGCUGACUUGAUUGAGGAUCUCGUCGCCAAGAAAUGUUAAGAGAAGAGAAAGUUGAGUUGUAGUAGCUUGGUAGGAGGGAAGGAGGUGUCAUUUUGGUUAUAAGUUUGCUUUUUAUCUAUUUAGUCAUCAGUUAAUGGUUUAUAUCGAGUUUUCUAUUGCAGUCUUGUUCCAAUGAGCUUUGUCUUAGAUAAUAGGAUUUCUUUCAUCUGAGAGGAACUCUCAUUCAUGCUUGUUUGUUUCAUUUUCUGUAAGACUGAUCAUAUUUAAGGACAUCCUUUGGUAAGUAUC